AUUUCGAAGUAGAUGUUAAAAGAAUCAUAGUUUUCACAUAUAUCAUAGAAUGUCAUGAUUUUGAUCGGUUGAACAAAGGUGUAUAUCUGUUUUUUUUUGUUGAAAAAGAGAAAGAAGGUUGUUUUUUUUUAAAGUAAGUAAUUAUGGAACAAAAGGGGAUAAUAUUGUCUGCUAUAAGUGCUGGGGUUGGCGUUGGGGUAGGUCUCGGAUUGGCUUCGAGCCCAACUGUGAGCAAAAGGGUUGGUUGGAAUUUUGAAGACGAUGAUAUUACAAGGGAGCAGAUUGUGCAAGAACUAAUGAGACAAGUUAUUGAUGGAAAGUUUAGCAAGGUCACCUUUGAUGACUUCCCUUAUUACCUUAGUGAGAGAACUCGAGUGUUAUUAACAAGUGCUGCAUACAUCCAACUAAAAAACAACGAUGUUUCUCGGCAUACACGAAACCUUUCCCCUGUCAGCAGAGCUAUUUUGUUAUCAGGACCUGCUGAACUUUACCAGCAAAUGCUUGCCAAGGCUUUGGCGCAUUACUUUGAAUCAAAACUACUGCUUUUGGACAUUACUGAUUUUUCUCUUAAGAUGCAAAGCAAAUAUGGUUGUACCAAGAAAGAACCUGCACCUUCCUUGAAGAGGUCUAUUUCGGAGAUGACUCUAGAGCGAGUGAACAACUUGUUUGGUUCCUUGCAACUCCUUUCCCCAAGAAAAGAAACAAGGGGCAUGUCACCGCAACAGGGUAGUGCUAUUGAUCUCAAUUCCAGGCCUAUGGAAGGUUCAGGCAAGCUUCCGAAACAUCGUAGAAAUGCCUCAACAGCAUGUGAUUUAAGUAGCAUCUCUUCGAACCGUGCUCUCGUAAAUUCAGCUCCCCACAAGCGCACUAGCAGUUGGUGUUUCGAUCAGAAACUUUUUCUGCAAUCACUUUACAGGGUAUUGGCUUCAGUAUCCAAAACCGGUCCCAUUAUCUUAUACAUCAGGGAUGUUGAGAAGCUUAUCCUCCAAUCAGAGAACUUCUACAAUCUGUUUCAAAAAAUGUUAAACAAACUUUCCGGUCCGGUAUUGAUACUUGGUUCCAGGAUGUUGGACCCUGAGGAUGAUUACAAUGAGGUGGAUGACAGGCUUGCAGUGUUAUUUCCUUACAACGUUGAGAUAAAACCUCCCGAAGACGAAACUCGUCUCCAUAGCUGGAAAGUGAAACUUGAGGAGGACAUGAAGAUGCUCCAAAUUCAAGAUAACAGGAACCACAUUGCUGAAGUACUAGCAGCAAAUGACCUCGAAUGUGACGAUUUGAGUUCGAUCUGUUCAGCAGACACAAUAGUAUUAAGUAAUUAUAUUGAAGAAAUUAUUGUAUCAGCAAUCUCUUAUCACUUGAUGAACAGCAAGGAUCCGGAAUAUCGGAAUGGAAAGCUUGUUAUAUCUUCCAAAAGCUUAUCCCAUGGACUCAAUUUAUUCCAAGAAGGAAAAGGUUGCGGGAAGGAUACCUUAAAAUUAGGGACAAAUGCUGAAUCGACCAAGGAUGAAGAGGUUGUACGUGCAAAACCUGAACCGAAAUCCGACACCACCGUCACUAAAAUGAAAAAUAAGAUUGAGAAAUCCAAUCCUGCUAUGAAAAAGGAUGCCGAGAAUCCGCCAAAACCAAAAGUAGCUGAAGUUCCUCCUGAUAAUGAAUUCGAAAAAAGAAUAAGGCCAGAGGUUAUUCCUCCGAAUGAGAUCGGCAUGACAUUUGCAGAUAUCGGUGCUCUGGAUGAGACCAAAGAAUCACUUCAGGAGUUGGUCAUGCUUCCUCUACGAAGGCCCGAUCUCUUCAACGGAGGGCUUCUGAAGCCAUGUAGAGGUAUACUACUCUUUGGACCUCCUGGUACAGGGAAAACAAUGCUAGCAAAGGCCAUUGCCAAUGAAGCUGGAGCAAGUUUCAUUAAUGUAUCAAUGUCCACCAUAACUUCAAAAUGGUUUGGGGAAGACGAAAAGAAUGUGAGAGCUUUAUUCACACUAGCAGCAAAGGUUGCGCCGACCAUAAUUUUCGUGGACGAGGUUGAUAGCAUGCUGGGACAGAGGACUAGAGUUGGGGAGCACGAAGCUAUGCGAAAAAUUAAGAAUGAGUUCAUGGCUCAUUGGGAUGGCCUAUUGACAAAAUCCGGUGAGCGAAUUCUCGUCCUUGCUGCAACCAACAGGCCAUUCGAUCUUGAUGAGGCAAUCAUCAGGCGUUUUGAACGCAGAAUUAUGGUUGGCCUUCCAUCGACAGAGAGCAGAGAAAAGAUUUUGAGAACUCUACUUGCAAAAGAGAAAGUUGAAGAUCUUGACUACAAGGAGCUUGCAACCAUGACAGAAGGAUAUAGUGGAAGUGACCUCAAGAACUUGUGCGUGAUGGCAGCUUAUCGACCCGUUAGGGAGUUGAUUCAGCACGAGAGGUUGAAGGAUCUGAAAAAAAGGAGAGAAGCUGGCCAGAGUUUCCAAGAUGCUUUAGGGACAAAAGAGGAGAAUAUGAAGGAAGGAGCAAUUACUUUGAGGCCUUUAAACAUGGAAGAUAUGAGAGAAGCAAAGAAUCAGGUUGCUGCCAGCUUUGCUUCCGAAGGAUCAGUAAUGAGCGAGCUGAAGCAAUGGAAUGAGUUGUAUGGAGAAGGAGGUUCAAGGAAGAAGCAAUCGUUAACUUACUUCCUUUAGAUUGAUUAAUAACUCUUGUAUAU